AUGGCUACCUAUGCCUGUUUCCAGUUUUACUUUCACAUGGGAGGAGAUAACAUAGGUGAUUUGAAGAUAACAGUGCAGGACGCAUAUGGAUCAAAGGUUACUAGAUGGUCAAAGUCGGGACAUUAUGGUUACCGCUGGGAAAAAGGCUAUUUACCUCUCCCAUCCACUGCGGCUGAGAUCAAAAUAACCGGAAUCAGAGGAAAAGACUAUCGAUCGGAUAUUGCACUUGAUGACUUCAAAAUUACCCAUGGGCAUUGUGGCUGUGAGAAGUGGAAAUAUGGAUUAACUUGUGAAAAAUCAUGUGAUUGUAUAAGAGGAACCUCUGAAGGGUGUAAUAGUCAGACUGGAAGCUGCGUUUGUCAGUCGGGAUGGAGCGGAAAAACAUGUAAUUGCCGGAGGUCAAAAGACACCUGUCACCCUACAUACUCUUAUUGCCAUGGAGAUUUCUGUUUAUGUAAAGAUGGCGUGUAUGCCAACGGUGUCAACUGUUCAGGUUCCAAUGACAUCACAUAUUUCUGUGCAUUUGAUUUGGCAGACAGUGUCAACCGAUGCAAAAUCAAAUUGCCGCCAAUGCUGUGGGAGAUCGAAGAGGACAGAACACACUCGAUAAGUGAUAUCUAUCAUCCGACUAAUAACCGCUACCUUCAGACCAGACUCAUCCCCGAGAGCACCAUGUAUUCAUUUACUCUCAAAAAUAUAUCUCUGAGUAAGUGUUACAUUCUUUGA